UGCUAUUCAUAUAUUUGAUUUACCUUCAUAAAACUGCAGUCAUGGGCAAGAAGGGAAACAAAAAAGAAAGCAAAGUUAAAGGAGCUGAAAAGACAGCGGCCAAGAUGGAGAAGAAAGUGUCCAAGAGGUCCAAACGAGAGGAGGCGAACUUGGAAGCACUUAUAGCUGAGUUUCAAAGUCUUGAUGCAAAGAAAACACAGGUUACAGAGACUGCUUGUCCACCUCCAUCACCAAGGCUUAAUGCAUCUCUAAAUGCUCACCCAGAGAAAGAUGAACUCAUCUUGUUUGGGGGAGAAUAUUUUAAUGGAAAAAAGACAUACUUGUACAAUGACCUGUUUUUCUACAAUAUCAAAAAGAAUACAUGGGUUAAAUCAGAGAUACCCAACCCUCCUCCGCCACGAUGCUCUCACCAGGCUGUAGUAGUGUCUCAGGGUGGGGGCCAACUCUGGAUAUUUGGGGGAGAGUUUGCAUCACCAAAUGGUGAACAGUUUUACCACUACAAAGACUUGUGGGUUCUGCAUUUAGCUACAAGUACCUGGGAGAACAUCAAAGCUCCAGGAGGUCCAUCGGGACGCAGUGGUCACAGGAUGGUGCUCAGUAAGAAACAGCUUCUGGUGUUUGGAGGAUUCCAUGAAAGCACUAGAGACUUUAUCUACUACAAUGACGUGUACUCAUUCUCCCUGGAAACUUUCACCUGGUCCCGUCUCUCAGUGUCUGGUAUGGGCCCCUCUCCACGUUCAGCCUGUCAGAUGACUUCCACACCAGAUGGUUCAGGGGUCAUUAUCUAUGGAGGAUACUCUAAAGUGAGAGUAAAAAAGGAUGUGGAGAAGGGGACCAUCCAUUCAGACAUGUUUAUUCUAAAGCGAGAUGGUAAAGAAGCUCAAGAAAAGUGGAGCUGGUCCCGGGUUAACCCCUCUGGUAACAAGCCCCCGGCCCGCUCGGGCUUCUCCAUGGCGGUGGGUCCAGCCGGGAGGGCGGUGCUCUUUGGAGGGGUCUGUGAUGAGGAAGAAGACGAGACACUAGAGGGCGACUUCUAUAAUGAUCUAUAUCUUUACGACACAAUAAAAAAUCGCUGGUUCCCUGGAGUUCUCAGGGGGAACAAAACGGAGAAGAAACGACGGAGAGGUAAGAAAGGUGGAGCUGAGGGACCUGAAAAGGAGGAGGAGGAGGAGGAGGCUGCAUAUCAAGGCCCCACUGAGGUCAUCAGAGAGAUUGUGACUGAAGACGGGACCGUGAUGACCAUCAAAGAGGUACUCCCUGGAGCACAGGAUGAGGAGGAAGAGGAAGAAGAGGAAGAAGAGGAGGAGGAGGAAGCUGCCACUGCUCCACUGAUCGAGCCCUGUGCAAGGUCCAGUGCCUUGGCAACAGUGCGUCAGGGCAAACUUUUCCUGUACGGAGGGAUGUUCGAAGUGGGUGACCAACAGUUCACCCUCAAUGACAUGUACUGUCUGGACCUCCACAAGAUGGACCAGUGGGAGGUGCUGGUGGAGAUGGACCCGAAAACACAGGAGUGGCUGGAGGAGUCAGAGUCUGAAGAUGAUGAAGAGGAGGAGAUCAAAGGAGCUGCUGCAGAGGAAGAGGAGUCUGAGGAGGAGAGUGAGGAGGAGGAAGAUGAAGAUGAGCAUCCUGCAGUGCAGGAGGGGGAGACAGUCACAGACUAUCAGGCCCGUACAGAGCAGUACUGGAUGGGACUGGCACGUGCAAACAUGGGCCCAGAUGCAAAAGACAAGAAGGUGGCUAAAGUAGCUGUUGCCAUGGCCAAAGUCUUCUAUGAAGACCAAUAAUAACAUAAACAUAACUUAAACAUAAUUUCAGAAUUAUUUCAUAAAAUGUAUACAUAUGUUUUUAUUGUAAUGUUCAGUGCAAUUUUCAUAAAACUACAAGAAACGUGCCACAGUCU